ACCAAGACAUUUGGAGGAGGUGGAGGUGGUGCCAGAAGUAAUCUCAAUAUGGGUUCUGUUGGUAACAGAAAUAGGGAAGUUCUACAGAAAGAAAAGUCAUCCAGAUCAGAGGGGAAACAUGAUGGUGUCUAUAGAGAACUGGUUGAUGAGAAGGCACUGAAACACAUAACAGAAAUGGGCUUCAGUAAGGAAGCAUCCAGGCAAGCGCUCAUGGAUAAUGGCAACAAUUUAGAAGCAGCAUUGAAUGUACUUCUCAACAGCAAUAAACAGAAACCGGUUAUGGGUCCUCCUCCAAGAGGUAGAGGAAAAGGCAGGGGUCGAGUAAGAGCUGAAGAUGAAGAAGACGUGGGAAAUGCAAGACCUUCAGCACCAAGCACACUGUUUGAUUUCUUGGAAUCUAAAAUGGGGACUUUGAAUAUGGAAGAAUCUAAGUCACAUCCACACCACCAUCAGGGACAGCACAGAAUGUCAAAUAGUGAACAAAAUGGAGUAAAAGAUAAUAAUCAACCAAGACAUCUUCCUCGAAAUGAUACCAGGCAGCCACGAAAUGAAAAACCUCCUCGUUUUCAAAGAGACACCCCAAAUUUAAAGUCAGUUUUAGAAGGCAGUGGAUUACCUAGAAAUAGAGGUUCUGAAAGACCGAGUACAUCUUCAGGAUCUGAAGUGUGGGCCGAAGAGCGAAUCAAGUGUGAUAGACCCUAUUCUAGAUAUGACAGAACUAAAGAGACUUCAUAUCCUCUAAGUUCUCAGCACAAUGAUGGUGCUUUUAAAAAAAGAGAUAACUCUAUGCAAAGCAGAUCAGGAAAAGGUCCAUCAUAUGCAGGGGCAAAAGAAAAUCCACUUCCUCAAGAAUCUAUAGAUUAUAAUAAUCAGAAACGUGGGAAAAGAGAAAUCCAAACAGGUAACCCUGAUCAUUUUUAUGACAGGAAGUCACGAACAAUGAAUAAUGAAGCUUUCAGUAAUGUAAAAAUUGAAAAACCUUUUAAUAUAAAUACUGAUUACCAGAAUCCUGUCCAAAGUAAUAGUUUCAUUGGUGUUCCAAAUGGAGAGACAGAAAUGCCACUGAGAAGACGAGUAGGACCGAUUAAGCCAGCAGGAUCUGCCACAACUGUAACCUAUGAUGAUAAAAUAUUUUACAGUAGUGGGCCCAAAAGAAGGUCUGGGCCAAUUAAGCCAGAAAAAGUGCUAGAGUCAUCUAUUCCUAUGGAGUAUGCGAAAAUGUGGAAACCUGGAGAUGAAUGCUUUGCACUGUAUUGGGAAGACAACAAGUUUUACCGAGCAGAAGUUGAAGCCCUCCAUUCUUCUGGUAUGACAGCGGUUGUUAAAUUCAUUGAUUAUGGAAACUAUGAAGAGGUGCUACUAAGCAAUAUCAAGCCCAUUCAAACAGAGGCAUGGGAUGAAGAAGGCACCUAUGACCAAACUCUUGAGUUCCGCAGAGGAGGUGAUGGCCAGCCAAGACGAUCCACUCGGCCAACCCAGCAGUUCUACCAACCUCCCCGGGCUAGGAACUAGAAAAGAUUCUUUGCGAAGAAAGGAUCGCUGAUUGAAACAUCCUGGUCAAACUUGUUGAUAGACCUUCUGCUUCCCCUUCAUAGUAAGAUGCAGCCAUCAUGAAUAUUAUUAUUUGAAGAAAGAAAAAGGCAGAUUUUAGGGGGAAAAUGCAACCCAUACAAAGAAUGGAAAAAAAUACUGAGUUAAAGCAAAAACCUUUUUGCAAGUAAAACAAAAUUUUUUUUCUUCUGUCAUCAA